UACCAGUUCCAAUGGUUUCCGGCAGAGCCCACUUGAAGCCGUCGGAGAUGUUGGACAUGAUGGAGCCACUUAAGGGAGUUAGAGAUGGGUAUCUGAUAUCCUUGAGUUUAGGAACACCCUCACAGGUCAUCCAGGUAUAUAUGGAUACUGGCAGUGACCUCACUUGGGUUCCUUGCGGUAACCUCUCUUUUGAUUGCAUGGACUGUGAUGACUAUAGAAACUACAAGCUGAUGGCCAGUUUCUCUCCUUCUCACUCACUUUCAUCCCUUAGAGACCUCUGCACUAGCUCCUUCUGUGUUGACAUUCAUAGCUCUGAUAACUCUUAUGACCCAUGUACUGUAGCUGGUUGCUCUCUAAUUACCCUUCUGAGGGGCACCUGCCCUAGACCAUGCCCUUCAUUUUCAUACACCUAUGGUGCAGGAGGGAUUGUCAUGGGGACCCUGACAAGGGAUAACCUAAUGGUCCAUGGGAGUAACCCAAAUGUAACUAGAACCAUCCCAAACUUUUGUUUUGGAUGUGUAGGCUCUACCUAUAGAGAACCAAUUGGAAUUGCAGGGUUUGGUAGGGGUGCACUCUCCCUCCCUUCACAGCUUGGGUUACUUCAUAAGGGUUUUUCUCAUUGCUUCUUACCCUUCAAGUUUGCUAACAAUCCCAAUGUUUCUAGUUCAUUGAUUAUAGGUGAUCUUGCAAUAUCCUCCAAAGACCAUUUGCAAUUUACACCCAUGUUGAGGAGUCCCAUGUAUCCUAGCUACUACUAUGUUGGACUAGAGGCUGUCAGUGUAGGCCCUGUCAGUGCAGUUGAAGUUCCUUCAGGCUUGAGGGAGUUUGAUCUGAAAGGUAAUGGAGGUCUUUUGAUGGAUUCAGGCACUACAUACACUCACCUUCCAGAGCCAUUCUACUCGCACCUCCUCUCAGUGCUACAGUCGGGGAUAAGCUACCCACGAUCCAUAGAACAUGAGAAGAAAACUGGGUUUGAUCUUUGUUACAUAGUUCCUUUUUCAAAAAGUAGUAAUUAUGUAGUAGAUCAUCUUCUUCCAUCAAUCUCUCUUCAUUUCCUGAACAAUGUGACAUUAGUUCUGCCUAAGGAGAACUGCUUCUACGCCAUGGGUGCUCCAAGCAACUCCAGUGUGGUGAAGUGCUUAUUGUUCCAGAGCAUGGAUGAUGGCGAUUAUGGCCCAGCUGGUGUGCUUGGGAGCUUUCAGCAGCAAAAUGUGGAGGUUGUCUACGAUUUGGAGAAGGAGAGAAUAGGGUUUCAAACAACAGACUGUGCAUCCUCAUCUGCAGUUUCUCAAGGUCAUCAUGCAAAAUAA